ACAGCAAUUACAAACCAGUUUUACCAUUGUAUCUAUUCGAAAACACGUGUAGAUGCUCCUGUGUUGACAGUCGGACCGGAAGUGGUCCGUCUUCAAAUUCCUUCCGGAUGUGUUGCGGUGAGAAAAGGUUCCGGAUUUCGAAGAGUUUAACAAGGAGAGAACGGUAGCCUACCUGGUGAACAACAGGCCCUCAAGAUCUCAAGCAUACCUUUGAGAAGAUUACCAAACCUGAGAAAAGCAAGAACAGUCGUGUGUGAGGCGUGUGAACUGUGUGACUGGUUUCACCUCCUGGCUCAGUUUGAGUCAUGGUUGCCAAAUGGGCUCCUGGAGAUACCCUACGAAAGCAGACGGAAUUACCAACGAGGAGGCUCUAAAUACUGUCAUUUGCCAGGUGUUUAAACGUAUAUUUGUACAAGAUACAGUCAGUAUUUAGAUUUUAAAAUGGUGGCUGAGUUUGAUGAUGGGUGGCUUCCAAGCCCCUGGCUGUUUCUGUGAUCCCAUUGAAUGAUGGUCUCUGAUAUGUAGUUCCAUUUCAUUUAAUGGGAAGUGACCUGUGUUCUUCUUGAGAAAUGUGUGUUAUUAGUCAGCAGCACAGCCUGAUAUUCCCUUUGUAAGAUCACAACAUUUUGCAUAACUGUCUUUUUGUUUAUGAGAACUGUCAACCAGCACUCAGAGGAAGUGUCAAACAUGGUUUUUAAUGCCAUUUCAGAUGAUCAUUGUCACAGUUGAUUGGAAACUCAAACCCCUGCCAUCGUGUUGAAACCUGUUACCACCUGUUUCUGCUGUGAAGUGAAGAAAACACUGUAGAGACUUUUAAAGUAGACCAGCAGCUUUUAUCCACAGGUACCCAUUACAGCUUGCCCCUCAAAUUCAAGCUUCCUCACCACAAAGCCUGACUUGUAAUCCUGAGUUGUAUUAAGACACAGAUCAAAGAACAAAUAUGCAAAUGUAGCCUCAGAGUUUAUUUAGGCAGCAGCAGUUUGACAAGAGAUACCCGACCAGCUGGCCCUCACAGAAAAUAGUUUGUUCCUUCUUUUAAAGUUUGCUCAGCUUCCCCCUCUGCGGCAUACCUCCCCGACAAGAAUGUGAUUGUGCUGUAGCCGAGGAGCCGUCCGACUUGUGGCAACAGGCACACACAGCCGAUUGCAUCACAUCCGAGAGAGUUAUCUGAGUGAGUCUGAGGGUGUGUUAGAAAGUCUUUUUUUUCCCUUCCAGUGAACAUGUUUAGUCAGAUCAGGAAGUGUGAUGCUGUGACAGUAGAGGAGGAAGCAGGCUCACAAUGGCACCAUGUUUGCUUCUGGGACUGGAAGCAUGAGAGGGCCGGGGCUGAAGACCCCUCUGCUGCUGCUGCUGCUGCUGCUGCUGGGCACAGUGUUUUGCCAAGAAGAGGAUGAUGAAAACGUAGAAGAAGAAGCAGACACAGACAUAGAGUAUGGGGAGGAGCCCGGAGAAGCAGCGCCAGGGGCUGAUGGUGAACCAGAGGUCCCAGAUGUUUCUGAAUCCACUCUACCUCCGGACCUCACCACAACAUAUUUAGAUGUUGAAACUACCAUUGGAGAAGAGCAGGAUGGCUCCAGGCUCUAUAAUGAGGACUUCAACACUACGGAUUCGACCGACCUAGAGCCGGAUGAGGGUCUGGGUCUGCUCAUCAUCCUGAUCCCUGUGGUGCUGGUGGUCCUCAUCAUCGCCUUCAUCGUUUUCUGCAUCUUCAUCAACCGCAGGUGGAAACAAAAUCAGAUCAAUCAAGAGCUGAGGAAAGAGGAUCCAUAUUUGGACGGGUCCAGUACAGAGAAGGUUCCUAUGCCCAUGUUUGAGGAAGACGUGCCCUCUGUGCUCGAGCUAGAAAUGGAAGAGUUAGACAAUUGGAUGAGAAAGGAUGAUAAUCCUGCAGAAGACUCUAAACAUUUAUGAAUCUACUUAUGGUUAACAAAGGACACACGGUGAACAAUGCAGCGAUGCCGACGUGGACGAUCUGACCGUCCUCCAAUCAUCCGGCAGCAUCUGUGACCACGGGGACUCAUUUGACUGCCAGGAAAAUACAUCACAACACUUCAAGGACACUUUCAUUGCUACAGUAAAACAAUCAACAAGAAGAACUUGUUCUUAAUACAGUGGACAACAUAUGGACUUAAAUCUGCUUAAAUAGUGACUGUCGGAUCAGUGUUGUGUCUUUUUAAUGUGUGGUUUAUGUCAUGCAUUGCAAUACUUUUAUUUAGCUGACAAUGUUAUCCCUGGCAAGUUCUAAUAAGUGCAUUCAAUGUGAGUAAAGCCAAAAUAUUGCAAGAAUCAAGCUAUUACAUUAUCAUCACCAUGCUGAUAUACUUAAGGUGCCACAUUUAGAGACUAUAAGUGAUGAGAAAGUUUUAUUUUUAUUUUUUAAUAUCAUGCCCAGGUGCAGUUCCAACAGAUGAGUUUUCGGUCUGUGAUGGAGGAUGUGUAGGUGAUAUGAUUGAUUUAGAAACUGUCAAGUAGUAAUCUGUAAUAAUCCAUAAUAAUGCAGAGUAUUUUCUGCCUCGAUGAAUCAGACCGAGUUUAAAGAACACGGUGUAGCUACCAACUAUUCUUUUUUCUGUAUUCAUACUUUUAAAAGAGUAUAGCUGUCAUCUUGUUAACUCCUCACAGAUAUGACUGCUGUCGGCCCCUGAACGCCUCUCUGUUGUGUUUCACUGCCCCUGAACGCCUCUCUGUUGUGUUCACUGCCGGUCCCUCCAGCUGCAGGUUUUAACUGGGAAAUAUCCUGUUGAGGGACGCAGGCAUGCAUGACAGAGGGCCACUCCUUUUCAUGCCUGUGCGGAGCUGCUGAGGAGAAAGUGUGUUUUAUUCAGAGACUGAAAUCUCUCUAAGUGUGAAAUCAGUCGCACUCUAUUUCGGAGUCUUUUGAUAAAUGAUUACCCGUCGCAGAAAAUAACUCUCUAAAAGCUGCUGCUGCUGAUAAGAAUUCCAUCUCUUGCAGUAGAUUAUACUUUGUGUCUACAGAUGCUGUUCGGAUGUUUUGUUUCCAGUUUUGGCCUAAAAGUGUUGAAUCUAAGCGCUCCUGACACUGAUCUUAGCGUCAGUGCAACUUUCUCUACACGUUCAUCAGUAUUUUUGCAGGACCUUGCAGUGUAAAUAUGAGAAUACAGAAUACCAAAAGAUAUUGUUUUUAAGGAAUGUAAAUAUUUCAAAUGGGCUGUAGCCCUGUUGUUGUUUUGCUGAUGAAGAUUUGAAUACAAUUUGAAUUGAUAAAAUCUCUUGAUAAUAUCAUGAUGGUGUUAUGACACUAGGAAUGGCAAUGUUGCUCGGCCCGACACUUUGUUUUACACUGAGAUAUAAUAUAAACUAUUAACUGGAUUUAUUUAACUUAUGUACAGACGUUUAAUGUUCCCAGAGGGUAAAACUCUUCGAUUCAUUGCUAAAAGAUCAUGAAUGUACAGCGUUCAUGCCCCUCUCAAGAUCAAUUAUAAUAUGAAAGUUGUAUUUAAUGUACUAAUUUGGUGAUAUUUUGCAUUUCAUCUUUAGCAGGUCAAAUGUUUACUUUUCUUUAUGACUUAAUACUGUACCUGCAAAAAUAGGUGUAAGUUGUGCUACAUGCUAGUUAGCACUUUUGCUAAUGCUAAGAUGAAGAACAUGGUAAACCUGUUACACAUAUUCAUCUUACUAAGGCCUUCGUGAGACUGCUGACAUUUGAUCUCAAAGCACAACUCGACUCUUAGUCUUGUACAUGGUGUCUUAUGUAGAAAACCUACAUUAUUUGUUCUAAAUAAUGAAGAUUAAUGGUGUAGUCAACUAAUUUAAUACCUUUCAAUUCUUCAUAAUGGUUUAAAAAAAUAACAGAACAUUAGAUACAAAACAUCCGGCUGAAAGUGUCUUUUAUCUGUUCUGAAUGUCUAAAGGAAUUCAAAUCAGUGGAGGGUCUGAGGGAGCGAGAGCAGACAGGCCGUACAAACCAAUGAAUACAAAUGAGAAAGACUC